UUUUGGACGUUGCAUCAGGUGAUAAUCUUUUGUUCGCCUCGACGUAUGAUGCUGUCAUACAUGUUUAUAACCUUAAUGAUUAUUCGUCCAUUGCUACACUGUCUGGACACAAUUGGGAGGUGUGGCAAUUGGAAUAUACUAACGGGGCAAUGUUUAGUGCAAGUUUUGAUCAUACAAUUAAACGGUGGGACACACGAAACCACCUUAUUUGUAAUGCUACAUUAAGAGGUCAUAAAGGUUUUGUACAUGCUAUGACAUUAGGCCAACAUAAUUUAAUAACUGGAUGUGCCGAUAGGACUAUUAAA